CCUCAUCUCUUCCUCUUAAAGGACCCGAGCCAGAUCAGAUUAGGGCCCACCCUAAGGACGUCAUUUUACCUCUUCAAAGGCCCUGUCUCCAAAUAUAGUCACGUUCUGAGGUCCUGGGGAUUAGGGCGUCAGCGUAGGAACCCUGGAGGGACACGUUUUAGGCCGUAACGACAGACAGACAUGCUGUAUAUCAGCUUAUGCGCUAUAUGGAGAGCUGUGCUUUAUAUAUAAAAAGAACGCUGUUUUUCCUCUUCCCCACCCCUCUAAGAACAGAUUUGCACCAUCUCAGGGGUGACACCGCCCCGGUGGAACGCAUCCGCUAAUGUUAACAUCUUAUCGUGGAACGUUUAUUAAAACUGAGGCAUUAGCCGGAAUGUGCUUCCCAGGGGCUGGGGGAGGGGAGCGGGGCGUUCUUCAUCGACAGGUGUAAAGUUUCGGUUUAGCAGGAUGCACGAGUCCAGGGAGGUAGGACAACGUUGCGCCUACAGUCAAUACGACACUGCAUUGUACGCUUACAUUUGUUCCAAGGAUGGAGCUCGUGUCAAGUGUUGUCACCACAAUACAAUUUUUUUAAAAAACCCACUAAGACAUUAACAUUGCUUCUGUGCUAUUAGCUAGACGCAAACUUUAUUCAGAUUUCCCCCGAUUUUCCGCUCAUGUCCUUUUUCUGGCCCCGGACCCCAUCCGGGAUCCCAUGUGACGUGGAGUCCUUGUCUGCCCCCGUCUGUGACGCUUCCUCAGACUUUCCUUGUGGUCCAUGGCCUUGACACUUGAGAGCGCCGGGCUGGGCUUCGGGAGGACGGCCUGCCUGCAGGUGGGGUGUGUCUGACAUCGUGUCGUGAUUUUGGGGGAAGACACCCCAGGGACGAGGCGUCCUCCUCGUGUCAUGUCCAGGGUCCCUGAUGCCCACCCCUCAUCCCCGGUGAUCAGAACCUCGAUCACCUGGUGAAGGUGGGGUCUGUGGAGCUUCCCCACCCGAAAGUCACUCUUUCUCCCUUUUUGUGCUCUGUUUGUUGGAAGCGGGUCAGUCGGCCCACGCUGAAGGGGACGGAGGUUUGCGCCGCCUCCCGGAAGGAGAAAUACUGACGACUGUACAGACAUAUCUGAAAACCGUGAUGCUCUGCCUGCCCAGAAACCUGCUUCUUCCCCUCCGAGAGGAGAGGAUGGCUGAGCACCUGCCCCCCUGGCCCCAGGAGCUGGUGACCUUCCAGGAUGUGGCCGUAGACUUCUCGCAGGAGGAGUGGGAGCUGCUGGCCCCGGCUCAGAGGACACUCUACAGAGAGGUCAUGCUGGAGACCUGCAGGAACCUGGCCUCCCUGGAAGCCUUGAAGAACCUGAUUCCUGAAUCAGGUGCUGAGGAUGGUACCUCUUCCCCAGCACAAACCUCUCGAGUCACCAGUCUCUCUCCGUGGACUACGUAUUCGCUCUUUCAACCAGUUGUAUCUUUCCACUUGGAGCAAGGAGAAGCCAUGUGGAUGGGAGAAAAAGGGAUUCCCCAAGCUUCUUGUCCAGGUUGGGAGAACAGACCGGAAAACCAUGAGUCAAUUUACAAGAAGGUGGUUUGGCGGGAAGAACCACCUGGUGGUAUGAACAUCAUAAAGCUCCCCAGAGAAGGCUGGGGAUGUGGUCGACUUGAGGAGAACCAGGAAGACCCCCAGAGGCUUUUGAGGCGAAUGGCGUACAUCCACGUGAAGGCAUUUGCUCAGGAGAGCGCUACUGCGCAGUACGAAUUUGGGGAAAACUAUAAUCGGAGCUCAGACCCUGUUUUAUCCCAGGGAGGUUCUGUAGGAAAACAUUUCCACAACUGUGACCUAGAUAUUGAGAAUCUGGUAGCUGAUCCAUUCUUAAACCAUCCUCAGACGGGAUACACAGACCGGAGAUCCUGUGAAAGUAACGAAUGUGGAAAAGACCUCGGCCAGAAUAGUCCCGUCAUUCAACACAAAAGAACUCAAAGAGGGGAGAAAACGUCGGCAUACGAGGAAAGUGGGAAACCAUUUAAUCGCGGCAUGGCUCUUACGAUACACAACAAAAUUAACACAGUGGAGAAGCCCUUUGAAUGUCGCCAGUGUGGGAAAGUGUUCAACCGGAGGCAUUCUCUGAGUGAGCACCAGAGAAUUCAUACGGGCGAGAGACCGUACGAGUGUCAGGAGUGUGGGAGGGCCUUCACGCACAGCUCCACCCUCACCCGACAUCUGAGGACUCACACGGGAGAGAAGCCGUACGCGUGCAGUGAGUGUGGGAAAGCUUUCAACAGGAUCUCGUCUCUUACCCAACAUCAGAGGAUCCACACGGGGGAGAAGCCCUAUAAAUGCGAAGACUGCGGGAAAUCCUUCUGCCAGAGUUCUUACCUGAUCUUACAUAAGAGGACGCACACAGGCGAGAAGCCCUACGAGUGUCACGAGUGUGGAAAGGCCUUCAGCGACCGGUCGUCUCUUAAUCAGCAUGAGCGAACUCACACGGGCGAGAACCCCUAUGACUGUCGUCAGUGUGGGAGAGCCUUCAGCCAGAGGUCCUCCCUGGUUAGGCACGAGAGGACGCACACUGGAGAGAAGCCGUAUAGCUGUAACGAAUGCGGAAAAGCGUUCAGCCAGAGCUCGUCCCUCGUCACCCAUCAGAAAACUCACACUAGUCAGAAGACCUACAAAAUGAUUGAUUGUGGGAAAGCUUUCUAUCAGAGCAGCCACCUUAUUGGAUUUUAGAGCUUGCUCACUCCCCCGGAAAGCAUCUUUUAGCGCUCUACCACAUAAAUAUGAUUAGACUUCAUUCUGGUGUACUCCUGGAAAAGCAGUAGGUUUAUGCCACGCUCUCGAAGGAAAGCACUGAAGUCCGGAUCUGAGAAGGGGCCUUUUAAUGGGGGAAAUUGCCACUGAGCGGUACCCGAUGAGCGCCAUCCUCUAGGAAAAGAUCGGGAAAUGCGAACACAAACGUGGAAUGGGGUUUUGCUGAGAAUUAUCACAUGAAUUUAGUGGUUGAAACAAAAGGCAUUCUGUUUCCACUUUUUGUUUCAAAAAUCAAUAUUUUCAUUUCAAUGUCGUGUUUCAAUAUUUUACUUAAUCCGUCCAUCCCUGUUGGUUGCUUAGCUAGGUUCUGACUCAUCUCGCACACUACGAUGGAAACGCAGGGUGUACGCAAAGACGGAAAGCGCCUUGGCUGCGCGGUGAAAAAGAAAAAGUGCAAACUGGAAUGUGCAGUUCUAUCAAGUGAAGUCAAAAUAUCCACGUAAAUGGACAAAGGCCGGACAGAGGUGUGGAGACACGAACAGAGUUUAUUCGUCAGGGUUAUCUGGUUGUUUGUGACUUUCUGCAUUUUUCUGUUUUGUUUGGUUAUGCUAUAAUCACUCUGACCGUGACUAAAAAGCAACUUCGAGGGAUCUCGAGUUUCAUCAACCAGUCAGGGAGGCUUAUGGGUACCAAGAUGGUAGGUAGAACUUGGGACAGGGAGCGGUGGAGCGACCUUUGGUGGCCUGGGAAAAGUCCCAAGUGUGCGAUGUACUUGCCAGAGUAGGGAGCAAGAGCCCUGAUAUGCAUCGGCAUCAUUCACCAUCAACAUUUUUUGGGUGUAUACCAUAUUCCGGGUCCCACGCCAGCACUGGUCUUGGGGUAACUAUUUUGUGACAGCAUUUCAUUGUGAAUUAUACCGUGUAUCAUUUUGAA